AUGUCUGAGGAGAAUCAGAUAUACAAACGAGCUCAUUUAGAGGAUCGAUCUCCUUUUGAAGCUGGAUUAAGCUAUAGUCGCGAGGCAUUUGAUGAAGAAAAUGAUGGAUUAUUACCAGUUUCUCACCAAGAUGUAAAGGAGCCGUCUACAUUGAAGCCCAAGGCUAAUAAUAAAAGUAAAGGAUUGAGCAAAAAAGACAGACCUGCAUUCUCUGUUUUAGUUAUCUUGUAUAUGUUACAAGGUGUUCCAGUUGGAUUGGCAUUUGGAUCGGUACCUUUUAUAUUGAAGUCAAAGCUUUCAUACUCACAAGUUGGGAUCUUUUCUUUAGCAGCAUACCCUUAUUCGCUCAAGCUAUUAUGGUCUCCCAUAGUGGACGCAUUAUAUUCGAGAAAAUUUGGCAGGAGAAAGUCAUGGAUAGUACCAAUCCAAACUAUAUCAGGAACUAUUAUGGUGUGCUUAGGUCUGAAGAUGGAUAUUUUAAUGAAAUCACCGGAAUUGCAUUUAACGAAAAUAACAGCUUGCUUUUUCCUACUAGUCCUAUUUUGUGCUACACAAGAUAUAGCGGUGGAUGGUUGGGCUCUAACUUGCUUGAGUCCUGAAAGUUUAUCUUAUGCCUCCACUGCUCAGACUGUAGGAAUCAACACGGGCUACUUUCUAUCGUUCACUAUCUUCCUAGCUUUGAGCUCUCCAGAUUUCGCUAAUAAAUAUUUGAGACUGGUAUCCAGUGACGAAGGAAUUUUCUCUUUAGGGCUGUAUUUGAAAUUUUGGGGAUGGAUUUAUCUACUUGUGACAUUGGUGUUGUACUUUAUUCCAGAGGACCCCCCUCAUCUAGCAAAGAAAAAUAACGAUAAGCUAAUCAGUGAAAAGGUGAAGGUGGAAGAUGUGUAUAAUCAAAAAUUUGCACAAUGGGCAUCCUUAAAGAGGGUCUAUUUCUCUAUGUAUCAAGUUUUGAAGCUUCCGAACGUUCAGACAUUUGUAAUAAUUCUACUUAUCGCAAAAUUUCCAUUUCAGGUUAAUGAAGCAGCAACGAAUUUGAAAUUGUUAGAAAAGGGAUUGUCAAAAGAGGAUCUCUCCAUAACAGUCUUGAUAGACUUUCCAUUUGAACUUAUAUUUGGGUACUAUGCGGGCCGCUGGUCUACAGGGACAUCUCCUUUGAAGCCAUGGCUCGUAGGAUUUUGUGGAAGGCUCAUUGCUGCUGUACUUGCUCACAUUGCAAUAUACUUCUUUCCAGAGUCGGGAGAGAUUUCAACCGGUUACUUCAUCUUAAUUUUAUUACAGCACUUGUUUUCUUCAUUUAUGUCAACAAUUCAAUUCGUGUCAUUGUGUGCAUUCGAGACAAAAAUAGCAGAUCCUGCUAUAGGUGGUACCUACAUGACCACGUUAAAUACAUUAUCGAAUUAUGGUGGAACUUGGCCUCGAUUAAUGAUAUUUUUCUUGAUCGAUAAAUUGUCUUACACCGUAUGUGAACCACCAUUGGAGACACAGAUUGACCCCGAACUCUUCAACUAUCGAAUAACUUCAGAGUCAUUAAAGGCACAGUGCAAAACUUUAAAGGGAACCGUCCAUACUUACCGAGAUGGAUAUUAUUAUAUGAAUUUCAUCUGUGUAUCAAUCGGAGUUCUUAUGUUUUUUUGGAUUAAAGCCAAAACUCUUUAUCUUCAGAGUCUACCAAAUGGUGCCUGGAGAGUGAACAAAGAUGACUGA